AUGGCCAAAGGGACCCUUCGCGGCCGUUCCAGGUCCCUCCUCCCCGCCACCAAUGUCGCCUCUCAUCCGGCAACCGCUAGGCAAUAUCAUGGCCAUCCCCCACCUCCGCCUCGAUACCCGGCCGGCGCGAACGGCGUAAUGAUUCCACCUCCUCCCGGUCCUCCGCCCGGUCCGAAUCCUCCAUGGCAGAACGUGCUUAGCCGCAUGUACGAUCGCGGCGCCCUCAACAUACCCCCACCGCCUGGCGGCCAAAUGUCUGCGACGUACAUUCCGACCGGGGACACCUGGGGAGAAGGCGUGGGCAUCCCUGCGUUCGGACUAGAUGAACCCAAGCCCCUGUGGGCCAUGCACCCUCCGAAUGGCAUGGGCGCCGAGCCAGCCGGUGCCAUGCCGCCCGACGAGCCUAUGAACCGCGACCGACUCCAGGCCAACCCUAUGCAGAACGCGCGCGGAGUUUCCAACGCUUCCACCGCUACCGCUGGAGCCGCCACCAGCAUUUCCUUGGAACUCGCUUCGCAGUGGCCGAUGGAGCGCGUGCUUGCCUGGCUCCAAGCCAACGGCUUCUCUAGGGACUGGCAGGAGACGUUCAAGGCGCUGGGUCUUUAUGGCAUGCUGUUCCUCGAGUUGAGCAGUGUGCGCGCUGGUCGAGGCAACUUUGGCAUGAUGCAUCAGCAAGUGUACCCUCGGCUCGCUAUUCAGUGUGCGCAGAGCGGAACUGGCUGGGACCAGACCGCCGAGCGCGAGGAAGGCAAGCGCAUGCGCCGCUUAAUCAGACUCAUCGUGAGGGGUGACCAAUCCGACCUGGGAAAGAUGGGGCAUGGCGAUGUCGAAUCUCCUAAUCUCCCCGCCCUCAAUAAUUCGGAAAGCAACCAUCGGCAAGUCCUAAAACACCUCGACGUGGAUGGACGGAGGCAGAGCCCCAGUGGAGACCCCAAUGAGCCAGGCUUCACCGUCAAGUCGCGACCCGAAAGUCCGAGAGGGAGCCCUGGCCUUGCCGGACAGGAGCUCUUCCCGCCACCGACAUCCGCCAGCCAGUUAUCUGCUUCGCCCCGUUCCAGCAAGUUUGGCCACCGCUCUCGAGAUAGCACCGAUUCUGCGUCGUCCAACGCGGCUAUUUACGGUAGUGGCGUGCCCGCUGGCGCCACUCGGCUUAAUAUUAGCGACAUGAUGAUGAGUGGUCGGGUGAGCGAUCGGCCACCACGGCUAUCCCCACAGGACUCUACCCCCACCUCUGACCCUCCGUCGGCAAAGGAUGGACCCCGGCUUCUCAGCUUUUUGUCACGGAAGAAGCGGCAGGAAGGCAUCUCUCCGGACGGAACUGAGUCGCCUACCUCACCAGGCGGAACUCUCAAGGCAUUCCACUCGGCAGGCGCAGAGUCGACCGGAGAGCGUUCGCGUUCGACGUCCCAGUUCCUCACACACUUCAAGAGCAAGAAACCCGUUUCUUCGCGCCACUACGUCCUCGCGACCAUGGAUGGGUGGAACUAUAGGAUUCCGCAGCUCUACCGCCUCAACCGCGGCCACGGGUUUCCUAUCUCCAGGCUUCCUCCCCCGGGCAUGACCGUCGACGAGGACACAUAUGCCAGGCUAAACGGCACGCGACCUAGGUCAUCAUCUACCCCACCGUCGUCCCGGCAGAAGAGCAUGGGCGAGGAGAGGAUAGAGGAGGAUUCUCUUCAACAGGAGUCGGCCGCCUACAGGGCGACUCUAGAAAAGAAGCAGCGCGAGUACCUAGCCACACGAAAGCAAGUCUCUCAGAAGGAGUCGCCGGUAGAGUCCAUGUCCCAAUUUGGAUCCAUUGUUCGUAAGACGGAGAUCAACUUUGACCAGCCCAGAGCGUCACCUUAUGAAGAUAAGAAGCCCGACCACUUAUUCCCAGUACGGAAGCCACCUGCGCCGCCUAGCGAGCCGACAGUCACUGUUCUCAAAGCAGAUUCGCUCCGGCGGAGACCAGGCCAACACCUGCGGCCAGGUUCUGAUUCCGACGGAUUCCCAAGCCCCCGACGACCAGGAACGGGUGACUCGAAUCAUAGAAGGCAGGCAUCCGACCAGUUGCCCUCAAUCGGUAGCGCGCUCAUUGGAAUGGGACGAAAUUUGGGUGCGGUCGGCCAAUCCUCCGCGAACGGUCCCCGCCCUAUCACCCCCGGUAGCCGGACCUCCACCAUGUCGAGCCAGAGGCACGGCAGCCCCGAACAGAAGGUGUCAAGACGGACCACGAGCAACGGACGCAGCCAAGACUUCACAAACGUCAGUUUUACGCAGGCUCCGAAACCCGCGGCUGCCGCAGCGCCCUCGUUCGAUUCAGAUGACGAUUCAGACGACGGCCUUUUCGCGGUCCCCAUCAAGAACCAGAACAACGCCGCGGGCAAGCGACCCAACCUAAAGCUUGACACGGACCGGUCGGCUAAGAGAAAAUCGGUCGUCUUCAGCGAGCCGACAGGCGGCAGCGGCAGCACUUCUGGCAGGACUGCCGACAUCGAUGAUGACUAUCCGACGAGCGGCAGGAGCGGCAGGAGCUCGCGCAGAACGCCAGGCACGCCGUCGGAGGGAUGGGAAUCAGCAGAGGACAACAGCAGCAAGCUCAACAGACGUAAAUCAUUUGUGGAGAAGGACGUGUGGGCGAACCGUCCUACGACAGACGCCCUCGUGAACAACCUUGACGACUUCUUCCCGAACUUGGAUCUCGACCUACCUAACGAGGCACCGCCGAGCAAUCGGAUGGCCCAGCAGCCGACGAGGGAAAAGCUGGCGGCGCUCCCUGGAUCGAAGAUGUCGAUGCGCUACAACGAUAACGAUACGCUAGGCUCCGACGAGUCGACGCUCAAGGCGCUCGAGCGGCCGGCAUCCGUACAGAACCCCGCGCAGAGGAGCAUACGGAGGUCCGGAGGCCUUGGCCGUCUCAAGUCGAUCCGAGAGGUGGCACGCGGGGCACACGAGGCCAAUAAGAGGUUCACGACGGCAUCGCAAGCUCAGGGCCAGUCGUCAGCGCUGAUGCGCCGCAAGAGCACCAAGAUGUUCAACGCCAACAUUGUGCAGAUCAGGCCGCAGCGGGACAGCAUCAUGAUGCCGCAGAUACCGCAAGACACGAUACCGAAGAGGCAAACGACGUUCCGGUGGUUCAAGGGCCAGCUUAUCGGCAAAGGUACAUACGGCCGAGUGUACUUGGGCAUGAACGCCACGACGGGAGAGUUCCUGGCGGUCAAGGAAGUGGAGGUGAACCCCAAGGCGGCCGGCGGAGACCGGGCCAAGAUGAAGGAGCUAGUGGCGGCGCUGGACCAGGAGAUUGACACGAUGCAGCACCUGGACCACGACAACAUUGUACAGUACCUAGGAUGCGAGCGCAAGGAGACGAGCAUUUCCAUCUUCCUAGAGUACAUUUCCGGUGGUAGCGUCGGAUCAUGUCUGCGCAAGCAUGGCAAGUUUGACGAGGACAUUGUCAGCUCGCUCACACGACAGACGCUUUCCGGAUUGGCAUACCUCCAUCGCGAAGGCAUUCUCCACCGCGAUCUCAAGGCCGACAACAUUCUCCUGGACUUAGACGGCACGUGCAAGAUUUCCGAUUUUGGCAUCAGUAAGAAGACGGAUAAUAUUUACGGCAACGACAAGAGCAACAACAUGCAAGGGUCCGUCUUUUGGAUGGCGCCCGAGGUAAUUCGGUCCGAGGGCGAGGGCUACAGCGCCAAGGUGGACAUUUGGAGCUUGGGAUGCGUCGUGCUCGAGAUGUUUGCCGGCCGACGACCGUGGGCCAAGGAGGAGGCCAUUGGUGCUAUUUACAAGAUUGCCAACGGAGAGACGCCGCCGAUCCCCGAUGAUAUCAACGAGACGAUUACGCCGGUGGCCAUUGCGUUCAUGCUGGACUGUUUCCAAGUAAAUCCUUAUGACCGACCAACGGCAGAGAAGCUGUUAGCGGAGCACCCAUUCUGCGAGCUGGAUCCCGGUUUCGAUUUCCGCAACACAGAGCUAUGGGCCAAGAUUCGGGGACGCGACUUGUAA